AACUUACCAAAAACAAAACGCAGCCAACUUUCUAUUUUCAAUGCCAAAAAAACCAAAAACACUAGUUGUAGCAGUGUAGUUUCCCAAAAUCUCAACUUUCCAAACUUCCCAAGAAAAUAAAAAACUUGGGUUUUCAAGAAGAAGCUGUAAAUUGUAAAAAUAUUAAAAUCUUGAAAAAAUAAGAUGAAAACUGGAAAGGGUCAUCAUGGUGAGGAAGAAGAAGAGGAUGAAUAUGAUUUUGGUUCUAAUAGAGAUGCCACACCUUCCAAUAAUAACAGUACUAAAGUGACAGAUGGGAAGAAUAGUGACAAGGCAAAUGCAAUUAGGUCAAAGCAUUCAGUGACAGAGCAGCGUCGGAGGAGCAAGAUUAAUGAGAGAUUUCAGAUGUUGAGAAAUUUGAUACCCCAUACUGAUCAAAAACGAGAUACCGCGUCAUUCUUGUUCGAGGUAAUCCAGCACGUGCAAUAUUUACAGGAGACGGUACAGAAGUAUGAAGGAUCGUAUCAACCUUGGAGCUCGGAGCCUACAAAACUCAUGCCAUGGGUAAAUUAUAGAAACAGUCACUGGCGCGCACAGAGUUUUCCUGCAAGCUCUCAAGCCUUGAAGAAUGGUACUGACACAGGACCAACAUAUUCAGGAAGGUUUGAUGAGAAUCUUUCAACUGUCACUUCGUCUAUGCAAGCAAAUCAGCAGAAUCCACUUGAAUCUUAUCCUGGUGGGGAUGUUUCCUGUAAAUCAACGGAUCAAGAAAAGGAACUAGCUAGCAGGGCAAUUGUGACAUCGAUACCUCUUCAAGCCAGUAUGCAAGUUCCUGUUCAAAAAGAUAGUGCCUUCUCUGACUCGCUCCCUAUACCUGCUUCUGAUGAAUACCCCAGCACUACUAAUGCUCUGAAUAAUCAGGAGUUGGUGAUAGAAGGCGGCACAAUUAGCAUUUCGAGUACUUACUCUCAAGGGUUACUGGAUUCGUUGACACAAGUGCUACAGACUGCUGGUCUUGAUCUUUCACAGGCUACUGUCUCAGUGCAGAUUAAUCUAGGGAAGCGGGCAAACAGGGGAAUGGCGUCACAGCCAUCUGUUGCUAAGGAUACAGAAAAUCCUCCACCUGCUGGCGAUCACUUUAUGGAGCAAUUUCGGGAUACAAACAAUGAUGAAGAGUUGGACCAAUCUCAAAAGAGGCUGAAGAUAUAGAUACAACUAUAGCAGUUAAAUCAACUUACCUUCUCCAAAAUCAGUUUAGUGUAAAUCCUAUUCGUUUUUGGCACAUCCUAAUGUUAUUCAUAUGUUCAUAGCAAUGCUUUCUUCUGAUGUCUUUCCUUUCUUUUUCCUUUUUCCUUUAAUCUUUGUUAUUCCUUUUUUGGAUGUUGUCAUCUUCCUUGUCAUUAGUUAAAAAUGAAUUCCACAUGUUCCAAGUCUGUGAGGUCAACAAUUUAUAUAUAGAAGCACAUGUUGCCAUGCUAUGAUAUUAUGCUAUAAA